AACCACUCCCUGCCCCUUCUGCAGACUCACUGUCCCCAAGCUGCUCCUGCCUCAUGGCACCAAUGGCGGUGGCCCUCAUCCUCGGUUGGUGGCUGGUGACAGCGAGCAGCGCACAGCAACUGCCCCGACCCUCCCUGUCACUGCACCCCAGCCAGGGGGUGUCCCUGGGGGGUGCUGUCACCCUGCGCUGCCACCUGCCCCGGCUGGCUGCCUGGGUCGAGCUGUACCAGGAAGGAGGUUGGCCGUACAAGAAGGGGAAGGAGAAGGAGAAGGACGCGGCCGAGUUCUCCUUUGUUAGCACACAGCGGGAACACGCAGGUCGUUAUCGGUGUCAGUACCGGGUGUCUUGGUCAGUAGGGGCAUCAGAGAAGAGUGACCCCGUGGAGCUGGUGCUGACAGAUCGCAGUUUCCCCCCACCCGGCAUUUCCCUUCACUCCGAGCAGUGUGUGGGGACAGGGACCAACGUCACCAUCCGCUGCAGGAACAAGGCCUAUGGGACCACCUUCCUCCUGCACAAGGGUGGGAGCUCAGACCCUCUCCAGCGCCAGGACUUCAGAGAGGGGGGCACAGCCACUUUCACCCUCUUUGGGGUGACCCCAGCUGACAGUGGCACCUACAGGUGCUCCUAUCGCCCCAAGGGUUACCCCUUCAUUUCCUCACCCCUUGGGGACAGCGUAACACUGGAGGUGACACCCACCCCUGCACCCCCAGGUGCUGCAGGCAGUUCUCAUGGGAACUUGGUGGUGGCAGUGGUAGGUGGCUGCACUGCUGCCUUUGUCUUCAUCCUCGUCCUUAUCAUCUUCUUCCUCCUCUCUGCCCGCAGACUUCGGACACAGAGAGAUGAGAGCCCUGGUCCACCCCCCAGAAAGCCUGAGGCCAUGGAGUUCCAGGUGCCUUCCAGUGACAGCGAGGGUCUGACCUACUUGGAGCUGCAAGCUGUGACCCCCAGCACACAGCCCCCCAGCCCGCCAGCAGCCCCACAGCCCUCUGUUAUCUACACCGAGGUGGCCGUUGGGGGGCGCCACUGAUGCCUCCAUACGUGUGCACAAACACGUGUGUGUUGUAUGCACACAUGUGCUUCCAGCAUGCACAGUGCACUUGUGUUGUGUGUGCUCACCAUCACGUGUGCACUGCAUACAGGUACCACUGCAUGUGUUCAUAUGUUACCUGCGUGUGCACCAUCACAUGUUCACAACAGUUGUACACAGAUGUGCACUCCGUGAUUAACUCUGUUCCUUUGUGUCUGUGCGAUGCCAUGUGUGUACACCAGUAUAUGUGCACAGUAGUGCACGUGUGUCCUUAGCAUGCUUUCUGAGACUGGUAAUAAAUGCAUGAGGUGACCAGAAACACUUUGUGGACAGCUCUUCGUUCCAAAGCAUUGCUUUGGAGCCGUUUGAUUUCAAAGAGAAGCUCUCCAUAAAUGGAUGUGUAUUCCUGC